AUAGAAUGACUACUGCUUCUGCUUUUAACACUUAAAUAGUUAUUUGGCCACAGUUUGAGGCUAAUAAUGUCUUCAAAUGACCAAGAGGCCAACGUCAUUGAAUGCAGAAUCUGUCAUAGCAAAACUACUAGGGAUCUAAUUUUAUCUCCUUGUAUGUGCAAAGGUUCAAUGGGCUGUGUCCAUAUCGGGUGUUUGGAGCAGUGGCUAAACAUUUCUUCUCAUACCUUCUGUGAGCUUUGCUCUUAUAAAUUUGAGGUGAUCCAAGUAAGAAGAUAUACCUUUUGUCAGUCAAUUCCUGUCUGGCUAGUGAGUAACCGUAACAACGUAUACAGAACAUUAUUUUUUUUGACAUUGUGUACCAUAAACACAUCGUUAUUAUGUUGGAUGUGGUUCUUGUGGAUAACGAGCAUUCCAAGCUCUUUUGUGAAAGAGAAAAAAACCGAGCGAAACGAUGCGGAAACAACUGAACAGGAAACCGACCAAGUCAUGAGCCAAUCUAAGUGGAUUAUUGUUUUUAUUUUUUUAACAGUGCUGACGGUUUUUUCUUUCAAAGGAUUGUGCUUUGAUGCAUGUCUUGUGCUGAAGGAGCAAUAUCAAUCUUGGUACCGAUGGUGGAACUCCACUGUCAACGUUCAGCUUGUCUUGGAUCUUCAAAAUUAUAAAAUAAGCAAUAAAAUGGAUGAUGCCAAUACCUAUGAUUUCAAAUAUACUCAAGAAAAAUUUAGUGCUAAAAGAGAAGAUGAAAAUUACUAUAAUUCCCAAAUUAUACAUGAAGAAGUAAGUAAGAAAUUAGGUGAAGUACCUAGUACUGAUGAUUUUAGAAGCGUUGAAGAAAAAGAUAGUUCCUUCAAACUAGGUAAUGUUAACAAUCUUGAUGCAAGUAAACAUUUAGGAGAAGCUAGUAAUUAUGAUAUAAAACGUGUUGAAGAAAAAAUUAGUUCCAUCAGUUUAGACAAUGUUAAUCCCCAUGAUGUAAAAGAGAUUGUUAACGAAACACUUGGUAAAAUCUGUGACAAUGUAUGUGAUGAAGAUAUUAUUGUGGCUUAUGAACACUCAACAAUUUUACCAGAAAUUGAAAUAUGCCAAAGUAAUACAAAUGGUAACCAAAGGAAUAACAAGCAUUGAAAUAGUAUGAAAUUAAUAUAAUAAAUUUAAUUUAAAAAUUAUUAUUUUUUAUUUAACUGUUAUUGGAGUAUUGAUACAUGUAAUAAAUACAUAGUAUUUUUUGUCAGUGUCACAACUAAUUGUAUAUGAUCAAAUAAAGAAAUAUUGUGUAGCAUAAA